AUGAACUUGGCAAUUACGCCGAGAUUCAAAAGUGUUAGGAUACCUCCAUAUGACGAAAGUCAAUACUCAGAUGCCCACUUAGAGGCUUUCAAUACCGAGAUGCUGUUCAACGGGAUAACUGGACCUAUUAAGGCCAGAAUCUUUGCGACGACAUUGACAAGUCAGGCAAUGUCAUGGAUAACAAGGCUCCCGAGGAACUCGAUCGAUUCGUUCGAGGACCUGGCUCGAACUUUCCGUCUGAAUUUUGCAACGAGUAAGGCACAUCCGAUGCCGGCCUAUGCCUUAGGAAUAAUCCGGCAAAAGGAGAAUGAAUCAUUGAGGAAAUACCUCGAUCGAUUUAAAGAUGUCGCCCUCAAGGUCCGGAACCUAACUGAACCAGUACACCUGCAUCUGAUCAUCUCAGGAUUAGAUGGCGACUCUCCACUCGCAAAGUCAAUCUAUAAGAACCCGGUCAACGAUCUGGAGGAGUUCCGACGAAGGUCGGACAAAUAUAUAGAUAUUGAAGACAUACAUAAGGCUUAUGGAGAGUCCAGAGGACGGAGUCCGAAUCGCUGGAGCCCAAGCAAGAAUAACAAAGACCGGGAUCAGCAGGGAUCAAAGAAAGGAAACGACUCUCGUGACAAGAGAUCGGAUGACCGAUCUCCAAGAACCAAGUAUGACACUUACACACCAUUAAACAUGUCCAUAUCUCGGAUAUGGAAAGAGGUGGCUCAGACCGAGAUGCGUAAUGUUGAGAGACCUCGACCCCUCAAGAGCAAGAGCGGAGAGGGGAAAUUGAAACAAUACAUUAUCCGAACUCAGGGCAAGAAGAACAGCAAGCGAAGGCAAAGAAGUCGGAGCAGAAGUCACAGCCUUAAGAGGGAGGAGAGAAAAGAUCGGGAACAAGACCGUCCUCCAAAGGGCAAAAAGGUCGAAGAUAAAGAUGAGGAGUUUCAAGAAGCUAAAUUCGAGUGCAAUGUGAUAAGCGGAGCUUUGGGUGGAGGAGGUGAUACUGCAAAUGCAAGAAGAAAAUACCUAAAGGAGGUCAUGUCCGUCAGAGACAGGCCAACCUUCAAAGGAAGAGCCAACAACCCUACUCCCCCAAGACUGUCCUUUACUCAAGAAGACCUAGAAAUGGUCGUACCUGGACACACUGAUGGAUUGGUGGUUACCGGGGUGUUAGUUAACUGCCGGGUUAAGAGAAUCUUCAUUGACCGUGGAAGUUCGGCAGACAUACUCUUUUGGAACGCUUUCCAAAGGAUGAACUUGGAUGAAAAAGACCUGAAACCCUACGCCGCCAAGCUGAUUAGGUUCAACGGAGAGUCAUCCCCUCUAAAGGGAUAUAUAGACUUGAAGCUGACCUUGGGGACGAAAGAAUCGUUCCGAGCUAGAAGGGUUCAAUUUGUGGUAGUAGAUGCACCUUCCUCCUACAAUGUGAUCAUUGCCUGA